UACGGACGCUGUUACUCCUGCCGGAGGCCGAGGCUCAGGCCCGUGCCGAGGUCCGGGUGCCCGGCUGUGCGAAGGGACCUAGCCGGUCCCUUCGGCUGGCUGCAGGUGGACGGUGACCGCAGGUGACCGUCCGCCUGCAGGUGAUCAGCCACCUGCGCUUACUGCAGCCCCUCCUCCGCCUCGUUUUGCCGCAGGUGUCCGUGCGCUCCGACUCACCUUCCCGCGUCUCCCGGCUGGUGUCCUCCCGCCGCAGCUGUCCAGGCUCCCGGCCAUGGUGAACGUGCUAGGCGGGCGGAGCCUGGUGACCUAAGACGGCACGUGGGUGGAGGCCGAGGCGGCGCUGCAGAACAAGGUGGUGGCUCUGUACUUCUCCACGGGCCGGUGCGCGCCCAGCCGCGAUUUCACGCCGCUGAUCUGCGACUUCUACGCGGAGCUAGUGGACCAGGCGCGGCCCUCCGGGCCCUUCGAGGUGGUCUUCGUGUCCGCCGACGGCAGCGCUCAGGAGAUGCUGGACUUCAUGCGGGAGCUGCACGGCGCCUGGCUGGCGCUGCCCUUCCACGACCCCUACCGGCAUGAGCUGAGGACCAGGUACAUCAUGGCCAUCCCCAGGCUUGUGAUCGUGAAUCCGAGCGGGGACGUCAUCACUGACAAAGGGCGGAAGCAGAUCCGGGAGCGGGGGCUGGCCUGCUUCCAGAACUGGGUGGAGGCAGCUGACAUCUUCCAGAAUUUCUCCGGUUGAGCUGGGGGGAUCUCCAGGGACCUGGGCAGGUGUGUGUCACUCCUGUUGCUACAGCGUGAACAUGACAGAGAAGAGGAGCAUCCUGUUUCCUUUCUCGUUGCUGGUGGUUUCUUUCAGGCAGAAGCACUCAGCUGUGAUGGAAAGAAAAUAUUGCUCAGGGAAUGCCCUCCCUGUAGCCUUGUUUGUAGUUAUUUUUAUUAUUCUUAUCAUAGCUUUCUUCACAUGAGCUUAAGUGUGUUCACAUUGAGCUAUUGGAAAUCUAUGCAAAACAUGUAUUUAUACAGGCUCUUCAGGUGAAAUAGCAUAUUUAUUGAUACAUUUUCUGGAGAUGCCUUUAUUUUAAUGAUAUGCUUUCACAAGUAUAUUUAUUACUACAGUUUGCAGAAUCUAUU